CCCUCUGCUCGUGGAAGGUGAGCUGGUGUCUCGAGGAGAGGGCUCGCGAGCGCGACCGCCGGGGUCCGAUCGGAUUAAACUUGAAUCGAGUGAGAAAAAUGAACACAAAGGCGAGGUACUCCGCGGGGAUGGCACACGGGAGGCGUCGAAAGUAAACUUCCGACCCCAAAUUCGGAUUUAUAUCAACGCACCAAAGGGAAGAGACCGCUGGAAAUACACUGGUUAAGUUGAGGCAACCCCUAAACUGACCUAGCUGUCGGAAAGGGUGCCGGACCCUGGUGCAGCGUUCCCCGGCCGCGGCGAGGGAGUAUGGAGUGACGUGCAGGAGAUUAGUCGGCGGAUUAGAGACUUGCUGGAGGCCCUGAGAGGGAGGGGCUGGCUGUGGAGCUGCAGCGGUGUGGAGGAGAGGGGGGCGGAGCCAUGAGCGACCCGGCCAUGCUCAGCCUGUUUGGGGAGGAGGGGACGCUGUUCCCCGACGGGGCGGAGGGGAUGGGGGAGUGCGGCUACCCUGACGCCCAGCGGAUGCCCCCGGACCAGGGCUACGGGUCCGUGCCGUCGGGCCUUCACCAGAACCAGAACCAGAACCCGCCGGGGCUCGGACAGCCCGAGAUGGGCCACUUCGACCGCUUCGGUCAGUACGAGCAGCAGGGGAGCAGGCCGUACGCGGCGUACCCGGGCCAGCAGGCCGAGAGGCGGAGCCAGCAGCCCGACAGGCGGGGCCAGGCUUUCCUUAGCAACGGCUCCAUGUGGGGGCCCAGAGGCCUGCCCGAGCAGGGGCCCCCAGGGCCCCAGGGCACCCCGCAGCAGAGGGGAGCGUAUGUAGGUGGCGGGGAAUACUCCCUGCCGACCCAUCCCAGGACGGGACAGUUCCCGCAGGGCCAGUCACAGGAGGGUGGCGGAGGCCUGCCCACAAACCAUUACAUGGGUCACAUGGGCCCCCAGCAGGGUCCCGGCAUGGCAGCCAGCCCCAUGUGCCACCCAGCACAACAGCAGCCCCCUCACUUCCACCACCACCCCGCCUCUGGCCCCGCCCACCACCAGCCGCAUCAUCCUGGUCCUGGCCCCGCCCCCACCCACCACCAGACACACCAACCUUCCCCUGGCCCCGCCCACCACCAGCCCCAUCACCCUGGCCCUGCCCCCCACCAGACGCAUCAUCCUGCCACUGGCCCCACCCACCACCAGCCACAUCAGUCCGCCCCUGGCCCCGCCCACCCGCAGACAGUGGAGCACAGACCCAGCUUCUCUCCCGGUCCCUCCCACGCACAGCACCAGCAGGGUAUGGGCUUCAGGCCCCGCGGCCAGCCUCUGCCCCCUAACGCUGUAAACGGCUCGGGGCAGUUCUCCCCGUACCCCCCCUGCCCCCCCUACUCCGGCCUCAGUCAGGGACCAGCCAACAGCACGGGGAUGGGCUCUACAGUCAGCCUCACCAGCAGUAGCGCUCCCGUAACGCACGCACAACGUUACGCUAACGCUGGCUUCCUGUCGUCGGGGAGCCCCCAGAGACUCGCACACCAGCAGCCGCUGCUGCACCCCGGCCAAAAACAGCAGCACAAGGCUGCACCUCCCCAGGUGUCGUACGCCUCCGCCCCGCCCAUGUCCCCGCUGAACGCCGUCGGUAACCCCGCGGGCACCCCCCCUCCCCAGCAGGCCCCCACCGGCAGCGCCGGCGUGGGUGUGGAGGUGGGCGGGUAUCACAGCAUGCCCAUGCAGCCCCCAGGCGCCCCGAGCGGCUCUCAGAGGAGCGUGGGCCUGCCCCCUCAGCCCUACAGGGGCGUGCCUCAGAGCGCCCCCCUGUGGCCGUCUUCAGCAGCGGCGGGACACGGCGGGAGCCACGCCGAGCCUUCCCAGAAUCCCCUGCAGCAGGCGCAGACAGCGCUCCCCGGGCGGCCCUUCCAGCAGCAGUCGCCACAGCCACACGCACACCCCCCAGCCCCGCCCCCCCACCACCCGCAGUGGGGGGCCCCACACCCAGAAACUCCAGCCACCCACCAAGUGCCUGCCACACAGCCUUCUCCAUCAGACCCAUCUUCGGACGCGGCUGCUCCUGGCCUGAGGCCCGCCAGCACCAGCGCCCCCCUGCUCAGCUCCGACCCGGCGGAGGGGGACCCGAAGCCCAAGAAGAAGAAGCAGAAGAAGAAAAAAGAGAAGGCCAGCGUCGAGGGGGAGGGGGAGGCGGGAGCGCCGGACUCUCUGAAGAUGCCCGAGGGAGACUCCCCCUCGGGGGAGAAGAAGAAAAAGACCAAAGCCAAGGAGCCGAAAGAGCCCAAAACGCCCAAAGCACCCAAAACGCCAAAAACGCCCAAAACGCCCAAGGAGAAAAAAGCGAAGCCGGCCACUCCCAAGGCUCAGAGCUCCAAGAAGACCAGUGUUAAGAAGGACGACACGGAGACGGGCCCCGCAAAAAAGGAUGCCAAGCGCAAGCGGGAAUCCCCCGACGUUUCGGAUGGAGAGAAGAUGCCCACCGCGUCGCUAGAGGAUGAAGAGGAAGAGGAGGAGGAGGCAGGCGUUCAGAAGCGGCGCUCGAGUCGGCAGGUGAAGAGGAAGCGCUACACAGAGGACCUGGAGUUCCGGAUCUCAGACGAUGAGGCCGAAGGGCCCGGGCGGGAGUCAAACACGUCUCCUGAGCAGCGGGAGCCUGCAGACCCAGAGGGCCCCAUUGUGGAGAAGAUCAUGUCCAUGCGUGUGGUGAAGAAAGAGAUGGAGUCUGGGAAAGAGCAGGAGGUCGAGGAGUUCUACGUCAAAUUCAAAAACCUCUCCUACCUGCACUGCCGCUGGGCAGACAUGACCGAGCUCGAGAAGGACAAGAGGAUCCAGCAGAAGGUUAAGAGGUUCAAGGCCAAACAGUCUGUCAACGACUUCCUGGGAGAGAUGGAUGACGAGCCUUUCAACCCAGACUACGUGGAGGUUGAUCGCAUCCUCGAUGUCUCCGAGAGCACCGACGAAAACGGAGAGCCCGUCACCCAUUACCUGGUGAAGUGGUGCUCUCUGCCCUACGAGGACAGCACCUGGGAGCUGAAGGCCGACAUCGACCAGGGGAAGAUCCAGGAGUUCGAGCGGCUCAUGGCGCGAGAGCCAGAUUUAGAGCGAAUGAAGCGACCUCCUGCCGAUGACUGGCAGAAGCUGGAGUGCUCCAGGCAAUAUAAAAACAGCAACGAACUCAGGGAGUACCAGCUGGAGGGAGUUAACUGGCUGCUCUUCAACUGGUACAACACACGAAACUGCAUACUGGCAGAUGAGAUGGGUCUAGGUAAGACGAUCCAGUCGAUCACCUUCCUGUACGAGAUCUUCCUGAAGGGGAUCCGCGGGCCCUUCCUGGUGAUCGCCCCGCUCUCCACCAUCCCCAACUGGGAGAGGGAGUUCCGCACCUGGACCCACCUGAACGUGGUGGUGUACCACGGCAGCCAGGCCAGCCGGCGCACCAUCCAGGCGUACGAGAUGAACUUCAGAGACGCCCAGGGAGCAGUGAUUAAAGGAGCGUAUAAGUUCCACGCAGUCAUCACCACGUUUGAGAUGAUCCUGACGGACUGUCCCGAGCUGCGGGGCGUGGGCUGGCGAUGUGUCGUCAUCGACGAGGCGCACCGGCUCAAGAACAGGAACUGCAAACUGCUGGAGGGGCUCAAGAUGCUGGACAUGGAGCACAAAGUUCUGCUGACGGGCACGCCUCUGCAGAACACGGUGGAGGAGCUCUUCAGCCUGCUGCACUUCCUCGAACCCCAGCGCUUCCCCUCAGAGGCCACCUUCAUGCAGGAGUUCGGAGACCUGAAAACUGAGGAACAGGUGCAGCAGCUGCAGGCCAUCCUGAAGCCCAUGAUGCUCCGGCGUCUCAAGGAGGACGUGGAGAAGAACCUGGCGCCCAAGCAGGAGACCAUCAUCGAGGUGGAGCUCACCAACAUCCAGAAGAAGUACUACCGCGCCAUCCUGGAGAAGAACUUCGCCUUCCUGGCCAAGACCGGGGGCGGCGGGGGCAACGCCAACGUCCCCAACCUGCUCAACACCAUGAUGGAGCUGAGGAAGUGCUGUAACCACCCCUACCUCAUCAACGGAGCGGAGGAGAAGAUUGUGGAGGAGUUUCGGGAGUCGCACCCCUCCGAAGGCGGGGAUUUCCACCUGCAGGCCAUGAUCCAGGCGGCGGGGAAGCUGGUGCUGAUCGAUAAGCUGCUGCCCAAGCUGAAGGCUGGAGGCCACAGGGUGCUGAUCUUCUCCCAGAUGGUGCGCUGCCUGGACAUCCUGGAGGACUACCUCAUCCAGAAACGGUACCCGUACGAGCGCAUCGACGGCAGAGUGCGGGGGAACCUCCGUCAGGCUGCUAUCGACCGCUUCUCUCGCCCGGACUCGGACCGCUUCGUCUUCCUGCUGUGCACGCGGGCGGGGGGGCUGGGCAUCAACCUGACCGCCGCCGACACCUGCGUCAUCUUCGACUCGGACUGGAACCCUCAGAACGACCUGCAGGCCCAAGCCAGAUGCCACAGGAUCGGCCAGAGCAAAGCCGUCAAGAUCUACCGCCUGAUCACCAGGAACUCGUACGAGAGGGAGAUGUUCGACAAGGCCAGCCUGAAGCUGGGCCUGGACAAGGCUGUGCUGCAGUCCAUGAGCGGCCGGGAGAAUGCAGCUAACGGGGUCCAGCAGCUUUCCAAGAAGGAGAUCGAGGACCUCCUCCGGAAGGGGGCAUACGGGGCGCUGAUGGAGGCGGAGGACGAGGGCUCCAAAUUCUGCGAGGAGGACAUCGACCAGAUCCUGCAGCGCAGAACGCAGACCAUCACCAUCGACUCCGAGGGCAAGGGUUCGACUUUCGCCAAGGCCAGCUUCGUCGCCGCGGGGAACAGGUCUGACAUCUCCCUGGAAGACCCCGAUUUUUGGCAGAAGUGGGCGAAGAAGGCGGAGCUCAACAUGGACACGAUUAAAGGGCGGAACACGCUGGUGAUCGACACCCCGCGGGUGCGGAAGCAGACGCAGCACUUCAGCGCGGCGAAGGACGACGAGCUGCUGGAGCUGUCUGAGCUGGAGAGCGACUCGGAGGACACGCCCGUCCCGAAGCCGCGCCGCCCCCAGGACCGCAGCCUGGGCUACCCCCGCAGCGCCUGCUUCAGGGUGGAGAAGAACCUGCUCGUGUACGGGUGGGGUCGCUGGGCCGAUAUCCUGUCCCACGGGCGGUUCAAGCGGCCCCUGUCUCUGCGGGACGUGGAGAGCAUCUGCAGGGCGCUGCUGGUGUACUGCGUGCAGCACUACAGGGGCGACGAGAGCAUCAAGAGCUUCAUCUGGGAGCUGAUCACCCCGACCGAGGACGGCCAGACCCGGGACCUGCUCAACCACUCCGGUCUGUCUGCUCCUGUUCCCCGUGGCCGUAAGGGGAAGAAGGUGAAGCCCCAGGCGACGCAGCCCUACCUGCGGCAGGCGGACUGGCUGGCCAACUGCAACCCCAGCGUCCUACUGCAGGAGGACAGCUACAAGAAGCACCUGAAGCACCACUGCAACAAAGUGCUGCUCAGGGUUCGGAUGCUGUACUACCUCAGGCAGGAAGUCAUCGGCAGCCAUGCGGACAGGGUCCUGGAGGGGGCGGAUGCCAGCGAGAUCGACGUGUGGAUCCCGCCGCUCUUCCUCACUGAAGGGCCCUCUGAUUGGUGGGACCGGGAGGCAGACAAGUCCCUGCUGAUUGGUGUCUUCAAACAUGGCUAUGAGAAGUAUAACUCGAUGCGGGCCGACCCCGCCCUCUGCUUCCUGGAGAAGGUGGGCAUGCCGGAUCCCAAGGCCUACGCGGCCGAGCAGAGGGGGACAGACCUGACGACGGACGCAGCCGAGGGGGGAGACUUUGACAGAGCGGAUGAAGACCCAGAGUAUAAGCCAGCCAGAAUGGCCUUCAAGGAGGAGCUGGACGAUUUUACAAACUCUCCCAUGGAUGAUAAGGAAGAGGCCAUGGAUACUGAGACUCAGGGGAAGUCGGGUGAAAACGGCGGCGUGGGGAAUCUGUACUGGCCCACGACCUCGGCGCUGACCUCGCACCUGCGGCGGCUGAUCGCAGCCUACCAGCGCGGCCACAAGAGGGAGCAGCUGAGGCAGGAGGCCCUGCUGAGGGUGGACUGCCAGAGACGGCCCUUCCCAGAGGACGUGCACGUCACGCCCCCCGACAGAGAGGCCCUCAUCACAGGGAGACGCCAGAGGUGGACGCGGCGGGAGGAGGCGGAUUUUUACCGGGUGGUGUCGACGCUGGGCGUGAUGUACGACGCGCGCAGCCACCGCUUCGACUGGACGCAGUUCCGCCGCUCGGCCCGGCUGGAGCGGCGCAGCGACGCCUGCCUGGAGCGAUACUUCCUGAGCUUCGUGGCCAUGUGCAGACGGGUGUGUCGCAUGCCCGACACACCUGAGGAAGAGCCCCCUGACCCCACCCUCUGGAUCGAGCCAAUCACGGAGGAGCGUGCGUCGCGGACGCUGUACCGCAUCGAGCUGCUGCGGCGGAUCCGGGAGCAGGUGCUGCCGCACCCGGCGCUGGAGGAGCGGCUGCGGCUGUGCCGGCCCGCCGCCGACCUGCCCGAGUGGUGGGAGUGCGGCCGGCACGACCGCGACCUGCUGCUGGGAGCCUCGCGGCACGGCGUGAGCCGCACCGACGCCCACAUCCUCAACGACCCGCAGCUCGGCUUCCUCGAGGCCCACCGCAGGUUCGUCCAGCGCCGGAGCGGGCGGGUCCCGACCCCGCCCCCGACUGCGACCCCGACCCCGGCCAAGACGGAGGAUGCCGACUCCCGGGAGGAGGAGCAGGAAGAGGCGGAGAGAAGCUCUCCCAAGGGGGAGGUGCAGGACGAGGGGGGAAAGGUGAAGCAGGAGGGCGGCGGCGGAGAGGCCAAAGCAGGGGAAGAGGAGGGGCCUAAAGCAGGGGAAGAGGAGGGGCCUAAAGCAGGGGAAAGGGAGGGGCCUAAAGCAGGGGAAGGGGAGGGGCCUAAAGCAGGGGAAAGGGAGGGGCCUAAAGUAGAGGGGGAGGCGGAGCCUAACGCUGAAGGGGACGAGGGGGUUCCACUGAAAGCCCCGCAGAAGGAGGAGCCGCACCCACAGGAGUGCGGUGAGGUGCCGUCUGGAUCCGAACCCAAACCGCUGCCUGAGAGAGGCUCCGAGGAGGACGAGGAGGACAAGAUGGAGGAAGAUGAUAAAUCGGAGUCCUCACAGGCAGAAGCGAGUGUCACCUCUCAGGAGAAGGCCUACGAUGAGGAGAGCAACACAUCUCUCAGCGCGGCAGAUGGAAACUCGUCCGCCGCUCAGACAUACUACGACAGAUCCUUCCCAUACACCCUCUGGCCCAAGGACAGGGUGAUCAUCGAUCGCCUGGACGACAUCUGCGAGGCCGUGAUGAAGGGGAAGUGGCCGGCAAACAGGCGGCAGCUCUUCGACCUCCAGGGCCUGUUGCCGGGAUACGCACCCGCGGCCGGGGGCGGGCCCAUGACACGGGGCUUCGCCGAGCUCUCCAUGGUGGGCCAGGCCGGCUACAGCCACGGCGGGGGCGAGGACACCGCACUGUCCCCGCAGGUCGCCAAGGACGAGGCGUUGGGCACGCAGGCGGGCCCGGAGCGGCGGCGGGGACGCAGGGUGGAGGCGGAGGUGGAGCGGGCGGCCAAGCGCAGGCACCUGAUGGAGAUGGUGGCGCAGCUGCGGGAGUCCCACGCCACCGCGGGACAGGACCCCCCCUCCAGCUUCCCACUGCCCGGCGCGGGGCGCGCCAACGGCACCUUCCCAGACGGGGACCUGACCGUGAAGAGGAGGAGGGGCCGCAGGAAGAACGUGGAGGGGCUCGACCUGCUUUUCGGGAGAAACGCGAGGCGGGCGGCGCAUGCUGACGAUUCGGACGGGGUGCGGAUGCCCCCACGCACACAGCGAAACAUUCCAUCCCCAGGAAGGCGGGAACCCGGUACCCCUCUUUCCACAGGAAACCCGGAGGACAGGAGCAGGCCUCUGGGGGGGGCAGCCCCCACCAACAAAAACCUGAACGACUGGCUACGUCAGCACCCCUCGUACAGCACCGACACAGCAAGCUAUGUACCAAAGAAUGAAGACCUGCUCCUCUCUGCCUUCCACAAGCCCAAGCAGAAGCGUCAUCGCUGCCGCAACCCCAACAAGAUCGACGUCAACACCCUGACGGGCGGCGAGCGUGUGCCGGUGGUCAACCGCAGGAACGGCCGCAAGAUGGGAGGGGCGAUGGCUCCUCCCUUGAAGGACUUGGCGAGAUGGCUGCAGGAAAACCCGGAGUUCGCCGUGUCCCCGGACUGGACCGACAUCGUCAAGCAGUCGGGCUUCCUCCCAGAGUCCAUGUUUGGCGGCCUGCUGACGGGGCCGGUGGUGAGGGAGGAGGGGCCGUGUCGGCGGGGGCGGAGACCCCGGAGCGAGACGGUCAAGGCAUCAGCCGCUGCCGCGGCCUCCCCGGCGGGGGUCAACCCCCUGCUGAUGGGGGGGCUGCUGGGGGGCCUGGACCUGGCCAGCCUGCAGAACCUGCAGAGCCUGCAGCUGGCCGGGCUGCUGGGGUUCCCCCCGGGGGACCCCAAACAGGCCGCGGCCCUGCUGCCCUUCAUGCUGCCCGGCAUGGCCGGCCUGCCCAACGUCUUCGGCCUGGGCGGGCUGUUCGGUAACCUGGCGACCGCCGCAGGCUCCGCCCCCGUCGGGCAGGGGGAGGCGGAGGAGGGCGCCUCGCCCAAGAAGGAGAAGACCAGCAAGGAGGAGGCGAAGGAAGAGGAGGAGGAGGAGGAGGAUGAGAUGGAGGAGGAGGGGAAGGAGAAGGUGGAAGAAGGGAAACCAACCGAAACGGAGGGCGGGGCCGCUAUUAACCCCGCCUCUGCCGCCGCGGCCGCAGCCGCCAUGUCCAGCAGCCCCCUGGCCUUCAACCCCUUCCUGCUGUCCACCAUGGCGCAGGGCCUGUUCUACCCCUCCAUGUUCCUGCCCCCCGGGCUGGGCGGCCUCUCUCUGCCCGGCCUGCCCCAGGCCGCGCUGGCGAGCCUGCAGAGCGCCAUGGCGGCCGCCGGCACCGAGACCAGCGGCGCGGAGAACACCACCGAGAGCGGCGCGGAGCCCGGCGCAGAGCCCGGCGCGGGGGAGGGAGGGGAAGACGACGAGCCCGGCGAGGAGCCCAGCGCUGACACCGAGACGGAGGACGGAGGGAGCGCGGGGAACGAGGAGCCGGGCUCUCCGCAGGGAGCGGAGCGGGACAGCGGAGACGGAGAGUAACGCAGACGCUCCCCGCCGCUCCCCACCGCAGAGCGGCCCGCCGUUUACACACAGACCGAUCCUUCAGGCCUCCUCCGGCCUCAGUCUCUCAGUCUUUACUGGGUUAUUUGGUUGCAUUUCACAGUGCGAUGAGGGGCCCAACGGAAAAGUCUCCAUAGUACAGCAGACGCAAAGUCACAUGCACAAUUAUGCAUAUGUUGAAAUGGCUGUUCCUGGAUGCAGGGAUUCAGCGCAGUGCAUUAUUUAUUAAAUCAUCUUCAGUCAGGAGGUGACUGAGUUUUUUAAAUGGUGCUUUUAUUAAGGAACCAAUCAUUCGAGUACAGGUCUGCUUCUGUUUUUGGUUUUUAUUCUCCCCUCCGAUAUCAUGUGGAGUAGCCAGGGAGUGCGGGGUUCCCUGGCACAGCUGGGCGCAGUUGGAGACUGCUGCGCGGAAGCAGCGGUGAACAUGUGUGUUUAACUUCCUUUCAUGUUGCAUUCUGUUUAGUGUUUCCUGUUUUGUUUUGUUUGUUUUUUGAUCAGGAUGAAAUGCAUACGUUUCCCACACACACACACACAUGCACAUGCAGAGAC